AUCACUCGCUCACUCCGCCUGCUCCUCCUGCUCCUCGUCGUCACCGCCGCCGCCGCCUUCCAGCCUCGCUUCGCGUGGAGGCGCGCGGCUUCGAGCGCUUCGCAACUCUGCCGAGUGCGCGGCGCCUGCUGCUGCUGCUGCUGCGUGGCGCAGAAGGCGACCACCGCCACCGUCACCACCUCCACCAUCGCCACCAUCGCCACCAUCGCCACCAUCGCCACCAUCGCCAUGCUGCCCAGCGUCUGUGUCCUUCUCGCCGUCGUGGCGGGGCAGGGUUUCGCGCUGAAGGCCGGAGCCUCCGAUGAGUGGCUGCAGUCCGGCGUAGACGGGUGGUGGCUGCGCUACUCCCAAGAUGUCGUGGUGGCGGCCACGUCGGUGAGCGGCGGGGGUCGCGUGAAGAGAGCCUGGGUCAUCCCGCCCAUCAGCGUCGCCGAGAACCUGCCCCAGCGCAGCCUCCCCAAGUUCCUGGUGCAGAUCAAGUCGGACAAGCAGGCGAACACCACCAUCAUCUACAGCGUCAAGGGCGUGGGCGUCGACCUGCCGCCCACGGGCGUGUUCCGCAUCGACAAGGCGUCUGGCAACAUCUACCUGGAGAAGCCGCUCGACCGCGAGGAGAGGCCGCAAUUCCGCAUCAAAGCGUACGCGCUGGACGCGGCGGGCAAGGCCGUGGAGGAAGCCGUGGACCUGGACAUCAUCGUGGUGGACAUGAACGACAACCGUCCCGUCUUCAACAGCAGCGUCUUCGUGGGGCACGUCAAGGAGAACUCGGAACCCGGGGCUCUCGUGAUGCGCGUCGGCGCGUUCGACGCGGACGACCCCAACACGGACAACGGCGACCUGCGCUUCUCCAUCUCGGACCAGUCCCCGGAGCAGCCCGAAGCCUCCAUGUUCAGCAUCGACCCCCACACGGGAGACAUUCGCACCGUGACCGUCGGCCUCGACCGAGAGGCGGUGGCGAGCUACAACCUGACCCUCCAGGUGUCGGACAUGGCUGGGGGCCCCGCGGGCCUGGUCACCACGGCGACGGCCAUCGUUCACGUGGACGACGUCAACGACAACGGCCCUCGGUUCACGCAGAGCUCGUUCAUGGCGGUGGUGGGCGAGGGGGACGUGGGCCGCGCCGCGGUGCUCGCCGUGCGCGACGCGGACGUGCCCGGCACGCCGGCGUGGCGCGCCCGCUACCGCAUCGCGGCCGGGGACUCGGGCGGCCUCUUCACCGUGGACACCGACCCCGAGACCAACGCCGGCAUCCUCACCAUCACUCAGCCGCUGGACUACGAGACGAGCACGCGCUACGUGCUCACGGUGGUCGCCGAGAACGAAGCGCCGCUGGAGACGGCCGCUGCCGUCGGGGACCAGGAGGAGGGGGCGGCCGGGGGGGCGUCGGCGUCGGCGGCGACGGUCACCGUCUACGUGCAGGACCGCAACGAGGCGCCCGCCUUCCCCGAGAGCCCGCGCCGCGUGGCGCUCGGGGAGCACACGCGGCGCGGCGACGCCGUCGCGCGCUACGCGGUCACCGACCCCGACCACAUCGCCAACCAGAAGAUCACCUACACGGUGACGUGGGACCCGGCGGGCUGGCUGGACGUGGACGUGGACACGGGCGACAUCACCGCCAAGCGGGACUUCGACAAGAUGUCGGGAUUCCUGGAGGGAGGCGUGUACUCCGCUGUGAUCAUGGCAGAGGACGAUGGCAUCCCGCCGCACACGGCCACGGGCACGCUGCACGUGACGCUGCUGGAGCAGAACGACUUCGCGCCCGCGCUGUCCCCGCGCGCCGGCGUGCUGUGCCACGAGCGGGCCAAGGGCGAGGGGCUGCUGCUGCAGGGCUGGGACGCAGACCUGGCGCCACAGGCCGCACCCUUCCACUUCGCCUUUCACCCGGACUUCCCCGAGUUCGCCGACAACUUCACCAUCACGCCCGUCAACGGCACCCACGCGCUGCUGCAGCUGCGGGUGGAGCAGGUGAGGGAGGGCGACUACGAGCUGCCGCUCGUCCUCUCCGACUCGGGCUCGCCCGCCCUGGCCGACUCGCCGACACUCAACCUCACCGUGUGCACCUGCGACGCGUUCGGCGACUGCGUGGUCAAGGCCUUCAUCGUGGGGGGGCCGGCCAUGGGCCUCAGCACCCCCGCCAUCCUCGCCAUCAUUUUCUCCAUCAUCGCCCUGCUGCUGCUCGUGCUCUGCAUAUUCAUUGUGGACGGCCUCCGGGACCGGCUGCCCCUGGGCAAGAGCCGUCUCUUCGGAGCGUCGGACGAUGACAUCCGCGACAACAUCCUCAAUUACAACGAGCAGGGCGGAGGCGAGGAGGACCAGGACGCGUUUGACGUGGACCAGCUGCGCAACCCGGACGCGGUGGCCCCGGACGCCCCCAUGCCGGGGCAACCGCGUCAGCGCAAGGACACCCCGAGCACGGCGCCCCCGCCGCAGCACCCACGGCGGCCGCCCUCCGACCCCUCGGACAUGGAGGACUUCAUCAACCAGAGCCUGGACACGGCAGACGGGGACCCCACGGCGCCCCCCUACGACUCGUACCUCCUCUACGACUACGAGGGAGAGGGCUCGACGGCCGGCUCGCUCAGCUCACUGCAGUCGUCCUCCACCAACGGGGACCAGGACUACGACCACCUGUCCGACUGGGGGCCUCGCUUCAACAAGCUCGCCGACAUGUACUCCGGCGGCCAGGACUGAGCGGGCCCGUGAGCACCCCCCGCUCACGGGGGUUGGGGGGUGGGGGCUCACAGCCAACAUUUUGACACUAGAUAAGGUUUCGCCGCUGUCAUUACGUCACGUCCAUAUUGUCGUGAGCUCUUGUUGUCUAUCUGCGUGGACAUCGUAAAGGCGCCAGCGAUCAGAAUAUCCCAUCGUGACUUCAACUGGGAUCACGCGCUCCUGACAAUGUGGCCACUCUUGCCGAAUCUGUCCGUCGUGACGGUUCGUCCAACCGCAGUGCAGAUGAUCGUUUUCGUGUGUAAUUUACCCAGCGCUUGCAGGGAGCCUUUUUUCAGUGGUCAUUGGGCGUAUUGCCAUGCCUCACACCGACUCACGACCGCACGCGAACCGGACACAACAGCGCACGGCACACCGAGCAGCGGAGACGCAGCGCGGCAGACGCUCGGCAAAAUCCUCGGCAGAUGCUUCAUUUUACAAGACGGCCGUCCCGGACUGUUUUACGUGGCUUUUUCUCUUACAGUGCAUUCAUUUCCCUCGUUAAUGCCAGAGGUGUGGGCAUCCAGGAGAGUUCUGCGGCGUGGGUGGCAUCACAAGAGGGGAGUACACCAGGGCCCUGGGGAGCUUACUCUCACAACGGAAGGGAACACUGCCUGACCUGGCAGGCAAGGGUCUCAGGGGGAGGAGGGGGGGCGCUAACCGGGGGGACGUGUGUGCAUCAUAUUAAUUUAGGUUAGAAACUUUUGUAUAUAUAUCACAUUGCAGUCACGUGUCCACUUUGCAAAAGUGUGAUCAUUUCACCCAACGUGACAAUGUGAUGCGUGUGAUGUUCACCAAGUGCAGUAUCCGCCCAGCACCGCAUUGCCGUGGGCGCAGAGGCGCCCCCCCGUAUUUGACAUUUUGUUGUGCAACGGUGACAUGGCAGUCACGUGCGACAGCAGACGGCUACCGUAUUAAUAUUUUACAGGCAUGUAUUUUCCACUUUCGGACGAACUCUUUAACGCGUAACACGAUGCCGGGAGGUGCAGGGCAGCUCAGGACAGCCACACGCACUUAAAACCUGCAGUCGUGCGGCGCUGUCCCAAUAUCACUCGUGGACACAUCCACCCCGGUGGUGCCAAGUCCUCAAAGGAGAAAAUAAGCUGACAAACAAACCUCGAAAAAGUCGCCAGAAGCCACUCGCUGGAACCUCCAGGCACCAAAGAUGUCACUAUCAAAUUGAUUACAGUCGACUGAUCCGGAAUUCGUAGAACUUAGCGGGCAUCGCCGCUGCGUCCAUCCGUUGUUCUCCCAGGUUGGCUCGAAGUGUCGGGUGUUCGUUUUGACAUUUUGUUGCGACAGAAACCCAACAGAGUCUCCGCCACGUGUAGCGGUCAAGUCGCCGAGUUGGCGACGCGGAGCCAGGUUCACCCCCCGUCUUUUUGAGCAGGGAAAUUGAGUCUUCAGGUCCAUACGGCGUACAGCCGUUUCAAUACGGGCAAAAAAAAUUGUCUAUUUGUUUGUGUUUCUCCCUUGUGAUGGGACUUUGUAGGAUGAACGUCGAGAUUUAUAAGGGCACGGGUGACCAAUAAGGCCCGAAUGAGUCUUUAAUACGGUAGGCGCUGAUAAGGGGUUGACGGGUUUACAGUAGGUGGCGGCUCAGUUGACAUAACUUUAUGAAAGUCCAUCCCUACAGCACUCAUGAGAUUCGUUUUUCUCCGUUGACAUUGCGGCUUGUGAGCAUCCUAUCAUAUUCUUGUGCAACUAUAACAUGCAAGCAUGGGGAUCUCGAAAACUAUAAUGGAAUAAUAACUCUGUUGUCAUCUGCUAUCACUUUGUGAUGGGCCAUAUACUAUAUCUGUGAUUGGCCAAAUACUAUUAUCUGUGCUAGGACAUACACUGUAUCUAUGAUGGGACAUAUACUAUAUCUGUGUUGGGUCAUAUUCUAUAUCUGUGUUGGGCCAUACACUAUUAUCUGUUGCAGCUUUACCAAAGUAGCUUUACGCUUUAUUUCUGUAUUAUGGAUGCACAUUAAAAUGGCAAAAUGUUACAAAAAUAACGAUAAUCGCAUUGUGUAAUGUGUCUAGUCUCCACGACUGAGUUUAUAUCGAGCUUUAGCAUUGCAUCUCUCUCGUGGAAUCCACAUAGUAUCGGAUUGGUGAAACGUUGAAUGAUUCUAAUGGCGUGUCGGGUGUGUGUUUUUUUGGGCGGGAGCGGGGUCGGCGCUGGAGGAGCAGACGUCAAACGUUCCGUCUCCCCGGCAGCCGCGGCCCCUCGACACGCUCACCUGCUGCGGGCCUCUGUGAUGAUGUGACGAUUGCUCAAUGCUUAAUAAACGGAGGAGUUUUC